AAUCUGCAACACUUGGCGCUCGCGUCGCCUCCUCUCCCCCACUUCCCCCAUCUCCGCCUCCGCCUCCGCCUCGCCGCCGGCGAUCGCCGGAGGUCACCGGAGGCCGGCCACCGCGCGGGGGAGAUCCCUCCCUCCCCCCGCCUCCUCUCCCGCGCUCGCCGCGUGCCCCUGCCCGGCCGCUCCGCGCCUCUGGUCCCCUCCCUCUCUACCCGCGUGAAUUUUUAGCAUGUGACGCGGCGGGGGGCGCGCGCGCGGGCGGCGGGAGGAGGCGCCGCCGGGGGAAAUCGGGCGCGAGGGCGGCGGCGGCGGCGGUUGCGGGAUUGAUCCAGAGAUUUUUUUUUUUUGGUUAUUUGUUUGGAUUGGUUCGGAAAAUUUUUUUGAGGGCGACGCGUCCUCUUCGAAAUUCGUUUUUUCCAGAUUGUUACUACAAAAUGGUUUGCAUGUCUGGACAUUUUCAAAUGGCUUCUGUGCUGAAACUUGUUAUGAUGGAAAGUCAUGCAACACCAGAUGACCUGACCGGUGAUAAGGGUGCUGCACAGAUCCUACACAGGCAACUUUUUGAUGCACAUGAACCAAAUUUACUUGAUGAAGAUGAUAUGCAUAUAUUUGGAUCCAAACCUAUGGCUGAUCCAUUGGACCUGGUCUUCUGUAAUACUUGCAAGAAACCAAUAAAGGCCAGCCAAUAUGCAGUUCAUGCAGAGCGAUGUAGUUCAGGGAAGGUAAACCCAAAUGAUUCAAUGGGAACAGGUAUAGAUGAUGAUUGUGGUACCAAGAAGCCUCCAAAGAAGGGGAGAAAAAUAAAGCUGACAAGUAAUGGAAAUCAAAAGGUACAUAUAAAAUUGAAAGCAAAGUCUCAAUCUGAAAACAAGAACAUUGCCAAUGGUUUUGAGUUGGACAAUGUACUUGCCAACAAAGUACAACCUAUAGGUUCCACCAUUGAUCAAAGGUUGAAAUCAUCUGCCAACAAUCCAGCUCUCACCAGUGUACCUCAAGGUCACCAUAGAGAUGCCCCAGUUCCUCUUGCAACAAAAAUGUACCACUCACAGGGAAACUACCGGCUUCGAUUGGAACUCGGUCAGCUUUACCGCCAAUCAUGUUCAGAGCAUUCAGGCAGCUAUUCAAUUCCGAACUCAUCACAGGAGAAUGGCUUGAUGGUCUCGCAUUUAUCACCAAGAGAUAAUUCAUCAUUAAAUGUUGCUCAGAAGAGCUUUGUUCCUCAAACAAAGUCUAUGGACCAGCUUCUUGCGAGCACACCAGAAUCAUGCCCUGUAAUCCCGCAGCAAGUAGCAGCAAGUGUGCCAAACCGACAAGCAACAAAAUCUCAGAAAGCAGAGGUUCAAGUAUCUGCAGUAAAAAACGAAAUGGCAAGAAGCAGAUGCAGCAAAGAUGCUGUUCGGCAUUCAAAAAACACAGGUAAUAAGAAGGCCCAUCAGCAAAGAAACGGAACGGUACCUGUGAUUAAAUCCUCAGUAGACUAGCUCAUUUAGUGGUAUUUGACUUCAGCUCUAUUUCCUGGGAUUCAAGUGCGGCUCGUUACAUAACACGAUGUAAGCAUUUCUUGAUUGAUUUGCUCGUCUAUCUUUUGUGGUUUUCACAGGUAGAUUGUUGGUGUAGCGGCUCCAUCUGUGAAGAGUUGUUCUUUUCAAAUGAAAAAACUGGUUCUCGGAAUGAUCUUGGAUUGGACAAUCUGAUUACAGGGUCAUUUUGGUCCGUUAACUCUUGAGACAUUGCUACUAACAACUUUUUUACUCCAUCUCUGAUGAUGGAAAUUACCUGUACAUAUCCCGGCUGCAAAGUCCUUUCUGCCCCCCUUGUUAUAAAUGACAUGAUGAACAUUUUCAAUAUAGCUUUUGAUCAUUUCGAAACAUUCCAAGUUUUCCUGUGCAAAAUUCCUUUGGCUGCUGUUAAAUGCGAUAGCGUGAGCCGUCAGGUGAUAGGGCAACAUUACAGUACUAUCUAGCAUACAUCAUUGCACGUCAAACUUAUUUGUAACAAACACAAGAUUUUCAAUUUGUAACAGAACGAAACAUGACCUGGGAGGCUGAGGCGGAUGAA